AUGCCCGACGACCAGCCUGCUGCUACAACCUCCUUUUCUUCGCCGCAGAUGAAUGGUGGCCAGAUUCUGAAUGGACAGUCGAACGGUCCCCAUGGCCCCUCUGCCCCCGAGGCACCUAGUUCUGGAACAAAGCUCGCGUCUCGUCCCAGUCGAGAUCUCGGCAGCCCGUCGACACUUCUGUCGUUUGAGGAGCAAUGUGCAAGCCUCGGCCACGCCUUUGACAAGGCCCCCGCUGAGGUGUUGCGGCGACUCGUUCGCGACUACUGGCAGAAGACCCUCGUGGGCUCCGAUUACCACACGACCUUCAUCAUGCGCAUGGUAGCAGAACAACUUCCUGCUGUAGGCAAAGACACGCUUCGCCAGCAGCUGGCCACAUUUGUGGCACCAGCCCUCGGCACCGCAGUCGCCCAACAGCUCAGUACAGGGCAGAUUGAACGGGCCAUGCCCGCGCUCGUCUCCAACGGCAGCGACGCUUUCAUGGCAGCUUGUCUUUACAAGUGUCUCGCCACUAUAGGCGCACGACAACUGGUCGAUGCCCUGGCGUCCACCAAGCGCUUAGGCUUUGAGUUGACGGAUUCUGUUGAGCACGGAGAACGGAUCCGCCCGGCCAUCUCGAACGUGCAGACGGAGAUUCAACAUUCGGCUCCUGUUCCCGGUAUCUAUCGGUGUGCGCUUUGCGGCCGCCACUUUACCAACAAGGCAGCCCACCUCUACCACAUCUCCAAGCUCAAAUGUACAGAGCCGCCAAAAGCGCCAGUCGUGAGCCGGUGCGCUGCCUGUGGCGCCACCUUUUCGACAGCUGGCGGCGUUGGCUAUCAUGCUGGCAACAACGUCUGCGGAGGCUACAGUCCUGAACCCAACGACCCGCGUCCUCCACCUGCCGUCCAUCAUCAGAUGUCGCAGCCGCAGCAGCAACCUCAACCUCAGCAAGAGCCUCAGCACCGCCAACCUGUCCAACAUACCCACGGCGCGCCCAAGCACGCCAUGUCCACGACACCUAUACCUCUGCCGAAGCUCCCCUCUGCUGCGUCCGGUAGUGCCAAGCCUCUGCACUGGAAGCCGACGCUGAUACCAGGGCCCCUGACGCCUGCUAGCAAACCUCCCCCUCCCCCUACAGACUUGACCCUCGUCCGCAGUGAUGUGCAGGCCCACACCCAGCGCCCUAUCCAGUCCCAUACCCCGGUCCCGGUUCCGUCGUCUGGCUUCACGCCUGUGCCGGCACGUCAACACAGCCAGCACACGCCACGCUCACAGCAGCACACGCAGGUCCAAAGAGGCGCACCAUCAUCUGCCACCAGAUCGCCCCAUUCCGGCUUUCGACACGAGUCUGGUGAACUUCAAGGGCCCUGGGUCAGCUGA